UCUUUUGGUCUAAAACUGCUUCCGUAGUUGCUGUCAUGUUGCUUUUUGGGGUUAUGUUAUCUUUUUUCCUGACAGCUUUAUUAUUUCUUCUUCGGGUUUAUUUUGUCUUCAAUUCGGGAUCUAAUCAUCCGCCCAAAACCAGAAGCCAUGUUGCGGUUCUGGUCGUUGCAGGAUCAGGUGGUCACACCACCGAGAUCAUGCGGCUGAUGGAGAGCCUCUCCGCUGCCUACACACCUCGACACUACGUGAUCGCUGACACUGACAAGAUGAGUGAGGAGAAAAUUGUCGCCUUUGAAAGUUCUAAACCAAAGUCAGACGCUGACGUCCAGUUCACCAUCAACCGGAUCCCACGGAGCCGAGAGGUGGCCCAGUCAUGGAGUUCCUCUGUUGUUAGUACCCUGAACGCUCUGAGAUACUCCCUCCCUUUGGUGUUCAGACUCCAGCCUGAUGUGGUGCUGUGUAAUGGUCCAGGGACCUGCAUUCCUCUAUGUAUAACUGGACUUUUCCUCAGAAUUCUGGGAAUAAAGAAAGUCGGGAUAGUGUCUACCGCUUUUCUCCUCACCAUCUACACCCCACUUCAUGACAGAAGCACCUGACCAAAAUAGAGGUGAGGUUAGCAGCUUCAGAUGUGGAAAAAGGCAUUAUGGGCACAAUUGAUCGAGAGAGAUGGAUCCAGCAGCAGUUGGAGUUAGUGAUGGCCAAAUAAAGCCUCAUGAAGCAUCCCAGCCCAUUGCUUCAUCCAAAGGUUCAUUACUCAGUGGUUCAUUCAUUUCUCACUAGUGACAACUGCUGUGAAAACUGACAGCCGAGUCACUCAGAUAGACAUACUUAACCCUCUGAUGCAUGAGUGAAUGACUACAGUCUUGUGUGAGUGGGUCUUUUUGACGUGGGUUACAAUUAAUGUGUUUUUGUUACUUUUAUCAUUUUAAUUCAAAAUUAGUAUGAUAAUUUAAUUUUGUUACUAUUGCAACAACACAUCAUCAGUAGGGCAAAACUAACCUGUCUCACGACGGUCUAACCCCAGCUCACAUUCCCUAAUAGUUGGUGAACAAUCCAACGCUUGGUGAAUUCUGCUUCACAAGAAGCAGAGAACAAGAAGACAGUUUCUUUGUUCUUCCUCUUUCAUUUCCAUAGAUGUAAUGAUUUCCUUUUCUCCUGUGACCUUUGUUUUAUUUCACAGAAGAAUUAUUUCAUGUUUGAAAUAUUUAGAUUUUUCAAGUUUUUUAAUGUUUUUAGAAUAAUUUGUAGAACAUUUUUAAAACAAAAUGACAACAGCAAUGAUGAAAUGUCAAUAAGGGACAAUGUCAACAUCCGUUAUGUGUGUGGGCAUGGGGGGGGGGUGCGAAAGCACAUUUCUUGAAAUUAGAUAGCUACCCAAGCUGGUUAACAUUUCUGACUGUAUUCUUAUGCUAUGUGUAUCAUGCAUGUGAGUUUAUGUAUGCAUGGGCAUUUAUUUAUCCAUCCAUCCAUCUAUCCAUCCAUCCAUCCAUCUUCUUCUGUUUAUCUGGGGUCAGGUUGUACGGGUAACAGCCUAAGAAGGGAGGCCAAGACUUCCCUCUCCCCAGCCACUUGUUCCAGCUCCUCCAGGGGAAUUCCAGGGCAUUCAGAGGCCAUUUGAGAAACACACUCCCUCCAGCAUGUCCUGGGUCUUCCUCUGUGCCCAGAACACCUCACCAGUGAGGCAUCCUGGAGGCAUCUUGACCAGAUGCCCCUCACUGGCUCCUCUCAACGGGAAGGAGCAGUGGCUCUAAUCUGAGUUCCUCUUGGAUGACUGAGCUUCUCAUCCUAUCUCUCAGGGAGAGCCCAGACACACUACGGGGAAAACUCAUUUUGGCUGCUUGUAUCCGUGACCUUGUUCUUUUGGACGUGACCCAAAGCUUCAUGACCAGAUGAGGAUGGAAACGUCGAUCGACCGGUAAAUCAAUAGCUCUGCUUUUUGGCUCAGCUCUCUCUUCACUACGACAGACCGGCACAGAACCCGCUUCACUGCAGAUGCCGCACCAAUCCGCCUGUCACUAUUUUUCCCUCAUUGGUGAACAAGAUCCCAAGAUACUUGAACUCUUCAACCGAGGGCAAGACACCCACCCUCCCCCCCCCGACCCAGAGAAGGCACUCAAUUCUUUUCCAGCUCAUUUAUUUUUGCCUUUAUUUACGUAGCUAUGAAUUUUAGUUUUAUCUAUUGAAAAGAUAAAAGAAAUAACCUUGAACAUAUUGAUCAACAGGUUUUGCAUGUCAUUCAACACAUUUUCUCUCUUUGAUUUUCUCAUCCAGGGUGUCAGACACACAGACACACACACACACACACACACACACACACACACACACAAAUAAUACACAUGCACAAUAAAAUAUAGGUGGUAAUGUUAGCUAGUUGGUUGGAUAACUGGUGUUGGCUAACGUUGAAGAAGGCUUAAUAUGUUGAGUUGUGACAAUAACACUGUUACAGUAUUCAUGAUUGACACACACACACAUUUGUGAGGUAAAAAUAAAGAUAAUACUUAUAUGUAAGACUUCUUGAUGUGUAAAAAUAUUAUUAUUCAGGGUGACACUUAGUGUGUAUAGUUCACAAAAAAAUGUUUUCCUGACAGUCACAGCUGGUAAGAAACAAAGAUUCCCAUUAAAUUCCAUAGGAAAUGAAUGUGGGCCACUUAUAGAAGAAUGGGGUAGUAAUAUAAAACAUGAUAUAUCUUAAAAUGUACAAAAGGUCAAUUAAAAAUUUGAAUUGUGUGAUGUAACAUAUUUUUUGAGGAAUACCUGGAAUAUGAAGCGAUGAAAACUUUGCAUUACAAAGAUUUUGCAAAAAUAUGGCCUCACCGGGUCCAAAAGGACCCACUUAUGCAUCAGAGGGUUAAAAAAAUUAGUAAAUGCAAUAUUGUCACAAAGUUUGCUUCCUGAAACUAAAGUUCUUAAAAAGUUAUCUUUUUCUUGGAUUUCUAUUGCUUCUCUGAUCUGAUCCCUUAUAUUUUUACUCAUCAGCCAGAAUUUUACUCUUCCAACAGCUCUAAGUCUUUUUUUCCACUGCAAGACUGAUAUAUAUUUGCAUAACAAAGAAAAAGUGGAACUUUCAAGAAGUUGAGAAUUUUGGAGAUGAAGGGGUUAAUUAUUUUUAUUUAAGAAUCUUGUAAUAAAAGAAUCACACGAUUAUUUUAUCUUGUGGGAAUAAAAUAUUUUUUUCCUCUU